CACAUUUGUGCCCUAGAAAUUUCGAUUUUCGAUUUCGCCUCCAUUUGAUAGCCGCAAUGCUCUUCGAAUUUUUCUUUUCCAAACACCGUCUGUUUCGCAAAUCUCUGUCACUUUCCUUCUCAAUCUCUCAGCGUACAUCGCAACUAGAUAGCUACAGUUGUGACAGAUCGUGGUAGAUUUUAGCUGCUUACCCUCAGUUUCAUGUAAAUUGUAAUAGUUUGUUGUAUUGUUGCUGUAGUUGUGUUGUACAGUGAUGGAUGCGAUGGAGCUUGGCUAUCCAGUGGAUGUUCCGAAACUCAUCGGAUCUGAUGGUUUCGGUAGAGCUAGGGUUACAGUCAACGAGGUCGAGGCCGUUGCUUGCGAGUCCAACACUCGCGUUUCGAUUAUUGUUAACUCUCCGAUUGAACGUUGUAGUACUUUUCUUAGACCAAAAGAUGUGACGAGUACUGUUAAUGAUUUGGAGUCAACAUGGGAUAAGAUUCAGGAAACUGAUCUUCGUAAACAUGACAAACAGCUACCCAGUCCUCAUGUUGAAGACUCAUCUGGACAGCUGAAAAAUAGGAGCGCCAUUUACCCUUCAUCGACUUCUAGGUCUGAAGUGCAACGAAAAACAGCAAAAGUGUCAAGAAGUGGUAACGGAUAUUCAAAGAGACCACGCUUGGCUCAAUCAGAAGAUAACAUGAGCUUAGGUGGAAUUGAUGAGAUAAAAGAUAUAUCUGAUAAUGCAGGACCUCAUCCUUCCACAAAAUGCAAUCCUCUAGAGAAAAGUCAAUCUGUGAGACAAAAGGGCAAUGUUAGUGGCAAGCGAGGUGAUAAGAGAAAUUUCAAAGUUUCUACAAAAGGCAAAUAUGAUUCCUUCUCCAUGAGGACUGGGUUGGUGAGCUUCAGUUCAGCUGCUGGAGUGAGCAACUUUUUUGGAGCAUAUGGUCUGAAGUCAGAUUUAGAUGAUGUCACAAAGCAUGUUGAUGAUUUGUCAUUGAGAGACCUCCUUGAUGGUACUUACAAGUGUCCUAGUCUAGGCAAAGACAAGCAGACAAUAGCACCAAAUAUUAAUGAAAGUUUUGUGCAAUCAAUUAAAAAGGCGUGCUCUAUUCUUCCACUUGCAAAGCCUCCUCAGUCACAAAAUUUUACUGAGAUGGAUAGCUGUACCAGCAAGAAACCAGUUUCCUGUCCUCCGAGCUCCAUUUCAUCAGUAUCAAGCAGUGUUGAUGUUGAUAAAGGAGAUUCAUACACACCAAAUCUAUCGUCAUUCAACAAGGAGUCUUUUAGCAAGCCUGGUACCACUACAAAUCUUGAUCUUCCAUUGUAUAAACCAAAAGAUAUUUUAGAAAGGUUAGCACUUCCUCCACCCAAGGAUUUGGAGACCUUGCUUCUGGAUGCUGCCAAGCCUUCUGCAUCUUCAAAAAACAAUUGUGAUAUACGUUCAGGCAAGCACAUUUCUCGCCGAGCUAGCUUGUCACCAUUUCCCUGGUCACAUACCUAUAAUGGGCACUGUAGAACCAAUUCUGAUGCAGUUAAGCUUUUAACAAGUAGGAGUACAUGCCAAGGUCGAUGGGCAAGAAUAGAUAGUAGUGUGACUCUUGGGGCUUCAACUGGCUGUUUCACAAACUUGGAGAUGCUUACUUAUGAUCAGAGUCUGGUUCCCCCAUCUACAUCUGUUAGCACUCCUUGGUGCGAAUGGGAUUCAUCAUCUAUCGUGACAAGCUCAAAAUCUCCUCUUGUUAAUCCUGAUUCUGGAUCUGAGCAAAAGGAUCAAGUAAAUGCUGGACACUGCCCAAGAGUUAUAGCUGCUGCUCAAACUCUGUGUGACAUGGCGGCCCGAUCCUUGAGGCAAAAACCAGAUGGGAUCUUAAGGUGGCCAAAGAAGCUGUCACAGAAGACUAUGAAGUCUCGAAAGACAAAAUCAUUAGAGAAACCUGAACUAUUUAUUACACCGUCUUCACAAUCAGGAUCUGACAAUCUAGUGAGAAACGACACCAACCAGGUAACACCCUCUAAGAGAUCCAAGCUCCCUACAAUGGAGAAUAAAAGAGUCCAUCUCAUACCAAUGGUAUCAAAAAAGGGCUAAUAAACUGGUCUGCUCCAAGAUCUAGUAGAUCAUCACCCAGCAAGUCAGUUAGGGACUUAAUUACAGAAACAAAAAAUUCCACUGCUGACAAUUUGAGGCAGUCAUGUAUGAUGCCACCACCUUCGCGAGUUUUGGUUAAGGCUUGCGACAGUCAACAGAAGAUACAAAAAAUAAUGCCAGGCUGAUCGGGAAAGGGGGAGGGACAGACUGGCUGGAUUGAUGAAUAGUGUUUUGGUAACAGGUUUAUCUGCAAAACUGGUUGGUUUGUACAUUUUGGAAUGUAGGCGAAAUGAAAUCGUAGUAAUAUUUCAAGGGGUUUUGCUGAAGAGGAAAGGGGAUUUAGUGUAAGGUUUCCCCUUAGAUAAACAGGGUUCCAGUGUUGUAAAAUUAAGUCAGUUUUAGAAAUACAGUAGAAAAUUCUUUGCCUUGUGUAAAGCAUUAAAUGAGGCAAUAGAAAUUUCCCUCAAUUACAUUUCUCUGCGAAA